AUGCUGUCGAAGCACGAGGUGGAGAAAUUCAAUGGGACUGGAGAUUAUACGAUGUGGAAAGAGAAGCUACUCGUGCAUCUGGAUCUAUUGGAUCUGCUUGGGGUGGUCUACCCUGAGCUGGAGGAAAUCGAAAAGGGGAAGGCAACCGAAACUGAUGACUCAAAGGCUGAAGAUAAAAAGGCGGAAGUGGAUAAACCGUCCAAGAGUAAGCAGCAAAGUAAGGCAAGAAGCAUCAUCGUGUUGAGUCUAGCUGAUAAUGUUCUGAGGAAAGUCACGAAGGAGAAGACAGCCUCUGGUAUGCUUAAACUCUUGGAUGAUCUCUAUAGCCCAAAUACCUUGAGUAGUAGAAUUCAUCUGACACAGAAACUAUUUGGUUUUGCUAUGCAACAAAAUAUGUCAAUAGAACGGAAUGUAGAUGAUUUUCUAAGAGUUAUAGCCAAUCUUGAGAAUGUGGAUGUUGCUAUUUCGGAUGAGGAUCAGGCCGUAAUGCUGUUAAUGUCUCUUCCACCACAAUUUUCUGGUCUUAGGGAUACAUUAAGAUACAGCAAGACGUAA